AUGGUACAGUAUAUAUUAUACAGAAUAUCAUUGUGUUUUCUUGAGAUUCCAGUCAGAUUGGUCUUCUGAAAGAGUUGUUGGACCUUCAGAAAGAUAUGGUGGUCAUGUUAUUGUCUCUGCUGGAGGGUAAUGUUGUAAAUGGCACCAUUGCUCGCCAAAUGGUGGACAUGCUAGUGGAGUCCUCCAGCAAUGUAGAAAUGAUCCUUAAAUUCUUUGACAUGUUCCUCAAGCUGAAGGACAUUGUUGCGUCUGAUGCAUUCCGCGACUAUGUGACAGACCUCAGAGGUUUGAUAUCCAAGAAGGAUUUCCAGAAAGCCAUGGACAGCCAGAAACAGUACACACCUGCGGAGAUCCAAUUCCUAUUGUCCUGCUCUGAGGCAGAUGAGAAUGAGAUGAUUAAUUACGAGGAGUUUGCCAGUCGGUUCCAAGAGCCAGCAAAAGACAUUGGUUUUAACAUAGCAGUGCUGCUAACCAACCUUUCUGAACAUGUUCCUCAUGAUACCAGGUUGCAGAAUUUCCUUGAACAAGCGGAGAGCGUUCUGAACUAUUUCCGCCCAUUCUUGGGUCGUAUCGAGAUAAUGGGCGCCAGCAGGAAGAUCGAGAGGAUCUACUUUGAGAUCAGUGAGGUGAAUCGUAAGCAAUGGGAAAUGCCUCAAGUCAAAGAGUCCAAGCGACAGUUCAUAUUUGACGUGGUCAACGAAGGUGGCGAAUCAGAGAAGAUGGAGCUUUUUGUCAGCUUCUGUGAGGACACCAUCUUUGAGAUGAACAUCGCUUCACAGAUUUCAGAGCAGGAUGAGGAGGAGAAAGAAGAGGACGAUGAGGAGGAACCCGGAGGAGGAGAUGGCAGAGGCAGUGGAGAUGAAGAGGGAGGUGGAGAGGAGGGCCAGUCAGAAUCAGGCUCUGCCUUUUCCGAUUUCAUCCAAAGCAUAAUGAAUUUCCUGGGCAUGUUUACCUUUAGGAAUAUUCGCAGACAGUACCGUAGGCUCAGGAAGAUGACCAUCAAGGAAAUUGUGGUCAAGCUUGCUACCUUCCUAUGGACAAUCCUCAUGGGCAUCCUCUAUUUCAUUUACAGUGUGUGUAAAGGUUUCUUCCUGCUCAUCUGGCAUACACUUUUUGGAGGUGGUUUAGUUGAAGGGGCCAAGAACAUCACCGUGACAGAGUUGCUGGCCAGCAUGCCGGAUCCCACGCAGGAUGAGGUGCAUGGAGACCUACCGGGAGAACCAAGGGGUGGAGAAGAGCAGGAUACAGGAGGGAUAACAGACUCAAUGGAAGCAGGAGGGGGAGAGGAGGAGGAUGAGGACAUUCAAGAAAAAGAUGGUGGGAAGAUUCCUGGUAUUGAUACACCAGGUGGACUUGGAGAUAUGGGUGACACGACCCCCGUGGAACCACCAACUCCAGAGGGCACGCCAUUACUGAAGAGGAAAAUGCAACCAGAAGAAGCAGGACCUGAACAACCUCCUACUACUGAAGAACCUCCUCCUGAGCCUGAGAAAGCAGACACUGAGAAUGUAGAGAAGGCUGAGAAGGAAGCAGAGGUCAAGCCUGAGGCCACACCAGAAGAACCAAAACCUGAGAAAGCAACUAAAGCAAAAAAGGAAAAGAAAUCAGUCAAGAGAGCAGGAUUUGAGCUCUGGAAUGAGUUGGAUGUUCAAAGAAAUAAAUUCAUGAACUGUUUGUCCCGUAACUUCUACAACCUUCGUUUCCUGGCUUUGUUCAUCGCCUUUGCCCUGAACUUCAUUCUUCUCUUCUACAAGGUAUCUGAUACUCCUCAGAUUAGUGAUGAGUUUGAUGGCUCAGGUAUGUUUGAAGGCUCUGGGCUGUUUGAAGGCUCUGGGGAAGACUUUGAGGGCUCUGCUGGAGAGGAUGGAGGUGAUGAUGAUGAUGAGGAAGGUCCUGUGUAUUUUUUCCUGGAAGAGAGUACUGGGUACAUGCAGCCCACUUUGUCCUGCCUGGCAAUUGUGCACACCAUCAUUGCUUUCUUAUCUAUCAUUGGAUACAACUGCCUCAAGAUUCCGCUGGUCAUCUUUAAGAGAGAGAAAGAGCUGGCAAGAAAGCUGGAGUUCGAUGGGCUUUACAUCACUGAACAGCCGGAGGAUGAUGACAUCAAAGGCCAAUGGGACAGAUUGGUGCUAAACACACCCUCAUUUCCCACCAACUACUGGGACAAAUUUGUUAAGCGAAAGGGUCUGGAUAAAUACGGAGAUAUUUAUGGUCGUGAGCGAAUCGCAGAGCUGCUGGGUAUGGAUCUGGCAUCGCUGGAUGUCAGCAAACAACAGACAGACAAGAAACCCGAAGAGCCAGACAACUCUAUGCUUGCAUGGCUCACUUCCAUUGACAUCAAGUAUCAGAUCUGGAAAUUUGGAGUUGUGUUUACAGACAAUACUUUCCUCUACCUGGUGUGGUACACAGUUAUGUCACUUCUUGGACAUUACAACAAUUUCUUCUUUGCUUGUCACCUGCUGGACAUCGCAAUGGGUGUCAAGACCCUGCGUACAAUUCUUUCCUCGGUCACACACAAUGGAAAACAGCUGAUGAUGACUGUGGGUUUGCUGGCUGUGGUUGUGUACCUCUACACUGUGGUGGCCUUCAACUUCUUCAGGAAGUUCUACAAUAAGAGCGAGGAUGAGGAUGAGCCGGACAUGAAGUGUGAUGACAUGAUGACGUGUUAUCUGUUCCACAUGUACGUGGGUGUGCGGGCAGGUGGAGGCAUAGGAGACGAGAUUGAGGACCCAGCAGGAGAUGAGUAUGAACUCUAUCGGGUGGUUUUCGACAUCACCUUCUUCUUCUUUGUCAUCGUCAUCCUGCUGGCCAUCAUUCAAGGUCUGAUCAUUGAUGCUUUUGGUGAGCUGAGAGACCAGCAAGAGCAGGUCAAAGAAGACAUGGAGACCAAAUGCUUUAUAUGUGGCAUUGGGAGUGAUUACUUUGAUACAACGCCACAUGGAUUUGAGACACAUACGCUUGAAGAACACAACCUGGCCAAUUACAUGUUCUUCCUGAUGUACUUAAUCAACAAGGAUGAAACUGAGCACACUGGGCAGGAAUCAUACGUGUGGAAGAUGUACCAGGAGAGAUGCUGGGAUUUCUUUCCUGCUGGAGACUGCUUCAGAAAACAAUAUGAAGACCAGCUUGGAUAAACGCUUUUCUGUUUUGUACAUAGCUUUUAACAAAGCUAGUUUGAUAUUUGCGACAAUCCAUGAUUUGUGUAAAAUUAUACAUAGAAAUAUAGACUUGCACAAUACCAGAUCAUUAUACUAAUAUACACUCAAAAUGCAUGCUAUUUAUGCACAUAGUAAGUGUUUUUCGGUAAUUUUAAAGUAUCUGGUGAUUUAAAAUGUUAAUGUGCCUAAGACCUAUUCUAAUGAUUCUUUAGCGUGUCAUAAUCUUUAUUUCAAAAAAUUUUAAAUGUUAAUGUAUUUGAUGUUCUUGCAGUUUAAGCAUCCCACUUCAAGAUCAGCUCAAAAUCUACUGUGAAAAAAUAAAAAUAUCUAAGUAGUCAUCA